AUGUCAAACAUUGUUCUUGUUAUUCCGAGGGAAGUCGUUGGUCGUUCGCCAAAGGAUAAGAUAGUUAUUACAGGUGAAUUUGACAACUGGCAACAUUCUGACUAUGUUUUACAAUACGAUGAAAUCCAGGGCUAUAAAGUAGAAAUACCAAGAUUAAAUGGCAAGGAAAAGGCAAUGUUCAAAUUGUUGGUCAAUGAUUGUGACUGGGUCACACUCUCUUAUUUUGAAACAAUCACUGAUAACUGCGGUCAUACCAAUAACGUUCUUAACUAUCACGAUUAUGAGCUUAACGAUAAUCUGGAUGACAUUACCAUCAGUAGUGUACAAGAUGAUUUGAGGCAGCAGGAACAGCUUCUUAACUACACGAGAAACGACUACGAAGAAAAAGAGGGAGAACCCAAGGAAGUCGCCAUAUCUGUAUCUGGAAGCCACGAACAGUCUAUUCCAGAUGAAAGAACACCUUCAGAAGAGAUAGAUUCUACUCAAGCGGCUACAAAUGAUUACGUCAAUAUUUCUUCUCACGGGGAAUUGAGUAGCACUGAAGAUUUAGACUGUGAUUUUUCUGGAGAUGAUGAUUUGGAGGAGACUAUCCAAUACGGUUCAAACAUUCAUUUUAAUCCAAACCAAAGGCCAUUGAAUGGGCUGGUUUCCAUUGUUAAAAGAGCCAAAACCUACUGGAAUAACUAA